AUGUUGGUGCACGGAGGAAUUUUAGAGGAGACGCAUGUCACCGCACUUUUGCAAAUUUUGAUUGGCAAUUACUUUGGGAACUUGUACUCGGUAUUGAUAGUACACAAUGCCACGUCGAAUGCAGCAAGCAAUCUGCAGCUGGAGUACCUGAACGCUGUGCAGUUAGCAUUUCGAAAUCAAUCUCAGCAUGGAAAGAUAAUUGGUGUACAAUGGAUCGAUGUUGCCAAAUUGAAUCACAUGGAGUUAAAUGCACUUACACUGCGUGCUGUUGACAUUUCAACUGAGGGAUUUAUAACGAUUUUAUCAAAUACAACUUUUUUCUUGCAUAGUCGUUAUUAUGCAACUCGUAAUGCUGAACUUCGCCUUAAGGAUAAAUUUUAUCUUUUUUUGUGCGAGAAUGAAAGUCCUGAAAAAAUGUUAACAGCUGAAAUAUUACAAUCUGGUAUCUCCACAUCUGCUGGCAUACCAGAUUUUCGUUCACCUGGAUCUGGUCUCUAUGAUAAUUUGAAAAAAUAUAAUUUACCAUAUCCUACAGCUAUAUUUGAGUUAGAUUAUUUCAAUGAAAAUCCCCAACCAUUCUUUGCCUUAGCUAAAGAAUUAUAUCCGGGCACUUUCAAUCCAACACCAUCACAUUACUUUGUGCGUCUACUACAUGAGAAAGGCUUAUUGCUUAGACAUUACACACAAAAUAUUGACACUUUGGAACGGAUCGCAGGUAUACCUGGCGAGAAGUUAGUGGAGGCGCAUGGUACAUUUCACACAAAUCACUGUUUGGAAUGUAGUAAACUAUAUACUAUGGAAUGGAUGAAAGAUCAGAUAUUUGCUGAUAAUGUGCCAACAUGUAGCGUUUGCAAUGGCGUUGUUAAGCCUGACAUUGUGUUUUUUGGUGAAAAUUUACCAGCAGAUUUCUAUGCACUACCAGAGAAGGAUUUCAAAAAAUGUGACUUGCUGAUUAUAAUGGGUACAUCAUUAGAGGUGCAACCAUUUGCAAUGCUUGUUGAUCAUGCAAAAUCUGAUUGCGUGCGUUUGCUGAUUAAUCGCACUAAAGUGGGUCAGAAUAACGACAGGUUAAGUUGGUUUAGUGGUGGACCGAGUUUGAAUUUUGACAGCAAGAAGAAUACAAGGGAUAUAGCUUAUAUUGGUGACUGUGAUGAUGGUGCGUUUGCAUUAGCUGAUGGUUUGGGCUGGGGUAAAGAAUUGCGUAAACUAAUUCAAAGUGAGCACCAACGUUUAAAGAAUGAAGCUAAAACUGAAAAAGAAAAUAUUGACAAAGUUAAGAAAAUUGAAGAUAUUGACAUAAGUGCUGAAAGCACUGAAGAGCCUUGCACUAGCAAACAGGCUAGCUCUAGAGUUAAGAAUAAAAAUAUAACUGUAAUAGAAGACGUUGAUAAAAAUAAGGAAAGUGAAGAUAUUGACAAAAUUUCUAAAAGUACUAAUGACUCCAGCCCUAGUCGCAAGCAGGUUAGCUCUAGUGUUAAGAAUAAAAAAAAAACUGUAGUUGAUGAGGCUAAAUUAUAAGUAAUUCGUGCAAUAUAUAUUA